CGGUGUCGGGUGGAAGUGACGUCUGGCGGAAGUGGCUGCGCGGCGCUCUGCGCGUGCGCGGCGGCGGCUGCAGCUGCUGGCCGGAGAUUGCCUGAAUCAUGGAGAAGUUUGGCAUGAACUUUGGAGGUGGCCCGAGUAAAAAAGAUCUUCUAGAGACUAUUGAAUCACAGAAGAAGCAGCUUCUUCAGUACCAGGUUCGGCUGAAGGAUGUCGUCAGAGCCUACAAGAGCCUGCUUAAAGAGAAGGAAGCCUUGGAAGCCAGCUUGAAAGUACUGUCCGUGUCUCACGAGGCAGACAUUGGCUUGAGCGGUGCUCAGCCUGCAUCUGUGGCCAGCUCCAGCUCUUCCUUUGCCGAUUCCGCUGAUGACAGGAGCUCGGUUCACAGCGAAGAUAGCGUGGGGACGGCUACCAGUGCAGACACUGCUGCCAGUCUGGCCAGUACCAAGGGCGAACCAGGGCCCGAGGAUGACAAGCCCACGGCCGCCACUUCCUCUCUUAAAUCAGAAGAGACGAGCGGUUCAGAGAGCGGCGUCAGCACGAGCAGCGGGGAUGUGCCAUCUGCUGCUAGCGAGGCUGAUAAAAGAGUGCUCCAGCUGAAGACCCAGCUGGCCACUUUGACCAGUGCUCUGUCAACAGUCACGCAGGAGAAGUCCCGCAUGGAAGCCUCCUACCAAGCAGACAAGAAGAAGAUGAAGCAGGACCUGGAUGACGCCAUUAAGAAAGCAGAGGGUGAGACCGAGAAGCUGGAGGCAGAGCUGAAGUCUGUCCAGGAACAGCUAGCCGAGACCAAAGCCCGUCUGAUCACGCAGCAGCAUGACCGAGCCCAAGAACAGAGCGACCACGCCGUCAUGCUGCGAGAGCUACAGAAGCUGCUGCAGAACGAGAGGGCUUUGCGCCAGGACGCGGAGCUGAAGCUGGAGGAGACCAGGGAGACGUUGGCCGGCAGGGCGUGCAUGGCUGACCGCGCGGAGGGGUACGAGCUGCAGAUCAAGCAGCUGAGCCAGGAGGUGGAAGACCUGAAGAGAAAGCUGCAAGCUGUUCAGGAGGAGAGCAACAAGCCGGACCCCCGGGUACAGGAUCUGCAGGAGGAGAUGGCCAGCCUUAAAAACCACUUCCAAGUGCAGCUGCUGCAGGAGAUGAGGAAGACCGCACAGGCAGAGGAGCAGCUCCGCCAGCACGCCCAGAUGGAGGAGCGGCGAGUGGCCGACCUGGAGGGCCAAGUCUCCGAAGUGUCAGAACUACUCGGGACUUACGAAAAAGCCAAGCAGAAAGACCAAGCGGUCAUUCAGAAGCUGAAGGACCGCAUUGUACAGUUGGACCUGGAGAACAAAACCCUGGCCAUCGCUGCCUCCAGCCGAUCCCCUGUUGAUAUCCACGUGGAAGAAGCCAAUCUUGACGUUAAUGUUCUAAAGGAUAAAAUGGAGAAGCUGAAGAAGCUCUUGCAGGCGGCAGCUAAGAAGAGCCAGCCCGCUCUGGACAUCGAGAAGCUGUGUGAGCUGGAACUGCCGAAGGGCACUGAGGCUGGGGAUGGUGAGAAGGCCACUGCUUUGUACUAUCAGCAGGAGCUGAAGCAGCUGAAGGAAGAGUUUGAAAGGUACAAGAUGAGGGCACAAGUGGUUCUCAAGAACAAGUCGGCCAAAGACUGCAAUCUGGCGAAAGAACUGGAGGAAGCUCAAGAGCAGCUGGCUGACCUGAAAGAGAAAUACGUUGUGCUUCAGCUGUCCUCUGAUGAAAUGGAGAAGCAGCACCGGCAAGACAUGGAAGCCAAGAAGCAAGAGUUGUCCCAGCUGCAGCAAAUUCAUAGGCAGGAGUUAGAGCGAUGUCAGCUGGACUACAGGGAGCGGGCACUGAAGCUGGAGGAGGAGAUGCACAAGCAGCGGGACCGAGCACUGGCGGUGCUGGCAGAAAAGGACCAAGAGCUGGAGCAGCUGAGAUCUGUCAUGUUGCCUUACGGGCUUCAAGGAUCCAAAAACUACCUACUGUCAGGGACCGACGUUACUAGCAACGACUCAUCGGGUAACGAUUCUUCGGAGAUUCUCCCCCAGGCUCUUCACCUCUCCGCCACCAGCGAGCCCACCUUCUUCUUGUACGCGGAGCAGCUGGCUCGCAAAGAAGUGGAGAUUGUAGCGCUGAGGAAGCAGAAGCACAAGCUGGAAAUGCAAGUUCACCAGCUCCAGGAGAAAAUCUUGGUUGAGGAGGAGAAGCACCGGGAAGAGGUAUCUGCACUUCAAAGCGAAAUUGAGAAGAAUUUCAGAGAUAAGAGCAGGGAGGGAGCCAACCUGGAGUACCUCAAGAACAUCGUCUAUAGAUUUUUGACACUGCCAGAUUCCCUUGGCCGCCAGCAGACUCUAACUGCCAUAUUGACUAUUCUGCAUUUCAGCCCAGAAGAAAAGCAGACUAUUACAAAACAGUCGACUUACAGCAGCUGGUGGCUUUCUGGGAAGAGAUGAGAUGGUAGCUUUUAUUCCAAACUGCUUUUGCACAGUAACACGUUUCUGAUGAUUAACUAAGACCGCUUCACUUGUGGUGUAACCUCUUUCCAGCCGGGCGAUGGAGCAGGGAGCUUUCAGCAAAGAAUUGGGCUUAAACUAGUGCUCUUGGCACUAAUUGGAAGUAGAAUUGUGCCAACUGUUCCGGUAGGACCACAGCGCUCUCUUGCUCUCUGGUGGGAGAAUUUGCUCUGAGUUGGAACUUGAUUUAAAAAAAAUAAUAAUUUGAAGAUACUGAUGCUUUUUUUUAAACACAAUUUUUAAAAGAUCCCUACCUGUCAGGCAUGGGGUGAGGAGCUCGGUUAGAGUGGAACUUGCUCGUAUCUUCAAACACCAGACAGGCUUGUGAUUCAAAAGAUGUAAAGGGGAGGGGGGAAGCACUUAACAUGGUGCUAAAAUAAGACAAAGAGCUGAAACCCCGCAAGAAGGAUGAGUCUUAACUACCAGCAUCAUCCAAAUGCAGAAAACCUUGAACAAUUUCUCAAAAGUUUGGGGUUUUUUAACUUAGAGCCAAAUUUAUACCAGUGGAUACAGCAGCUCCUCGUAGCACCGGGGACCAUCCGAUGGCACUGCGUGUUACGGCGUGCCCUCGGUGUUGACCGGGGAUUCUCUCUGCAGCUACCGGUGUCCCGGGAAGGAGGAAAGAUCUCCGAAGAGUUUAACAGCCUGAGCCCUUGUAACUGCAGUGGUGCAAGCAGCGAUUCCCCAGCGGGGUCAAACCAGCAGGCGCUCUGUAGCAGUUCUUUAGAGCAGACACCGGAGCCUUCUGACCCUCUUUGAGGCGGGAACCAUGGUGCUGCAGAAAACAGAGGAAAGGCUGGAAUAGGCACGUUGACCCUUCAGCAGCCAUUUUCUGAGCAUGUGGGAGUUUUGGUGAGGUUUUGGAUAUUCUGCAGUGGUGUUUUUGGGAGCAUUUUGGGAGCGAGGCAUUGCCCCUGCUGGGAUAGAAGCAGCAAGCAGCAGCGAGGGGCAGAAGCGAACAGCUCUGGGGGCGGCGUGUGCCCUGGGCUUGCAGUAAACACUGCGUGAGGGCGAAGAUCGGGCCUGCUGCUGCGCAGACCUUGAGGGUUUUGCGUAACCCUUGCGAAUUGGUGAGCACGGCAGGAAGGAAGCCAAAAUAUUUUGAAACACCUCAGGCUUUGAGGGACCGCCGUCAGCUCCGCGCUGGCACGCCUGCCUUGUGCGGUGGUGCUCCGGAUCUGCCGGCUCCCGACGCCUUAGACCCGGAAUGACUGGGCUGGAAGCCCCGGCUCGGUGGCGAGGUGGCUGUAACAGCUGUUUUGGGAAUGGUUGCAAGACUUAAAACCAGACCGUGUGUUUUGAAUAUCAGUGGACUGUGAGAGAAGGGUCAGGGCCUCGGGGGGCUGCGGCGUGCAGCUGUGGGUGUGCUGGCGGAGCUGCCAGCUCCUGCCCCUGAGCUGGGGAGGGCAGCUGGCGGGCUCCGUGCAAGGCCAGCGCUGGCAUGAGCAGACUCCUCUCUGCUCUGCUGGGGCAGGAAUCUGACUUUCCUUUUGUGGUUUGAGCUCUGUGCUCGGGUGCCUUGAGGGCCGACAGGCUGAGAAGGGGGAACGUGCUGUUUCCCCCUCAAAGCCCGUGUUUUCACCGGUCGCAGGGCUAGGGCAGCCGCCGGCUUUACCCUGGUGCCUUCCCUUCGCCUUCCGUCUCCCCUCUGCCAGGCUGAGGGUUGAGACAAGGGAAGCAGCCCCCUGUCUGGAGGGACAGGCUGAGUCCCUGGGGAUCUCCCCAGCCGGUCCCCUGGGUACCGGGGCCGCUAGAGGGCACCCACCAGUUGCCCAGUCCUCAGGGAGAGGGACCCUAGGGUGCAGCAUCCCUCCCGCUGCAGCCAGCCCGGGCGCUGCCAGGGCCUGCUCCCCCGGGACGGGACCUGCCUCUGCGAAGUGGCGCACAGGGAGAGCAGCAGGUGGCACGCGGAGGCUCAGCGACCGCCGCCGAGGCUGGGUCCUGCCUGGUCCACAUGGCCGGGGGGCAACGCUGCAUCUCAGGGCAGCUCGCGCGGGGGCUUCGGCUCCCGCAGGUGGGAGAGAUUCUGUGGGGUCAGCGGGGCGGGUCUCUCUGUCCCAAACGCUGUUGGCUGCUCCGGAGGUCUGGGGGAGGGCGCCGAGGCUUUCUGUAACAAAGGUCUUGCAAGGUUGGGAGGAAUUGAAAUGAGCACAGCAGCUAUUGUGUGUCCAGUGCUGCCUGUGGGCAUUAAGUCACCCGAAAUGGGAAGGAGCAUCUCUGUGAGGCCGGAAGAGCCGUGCUGACUGGAUCUCCUGGAGAAGCGCCCGUUGGGAAGCGUUUGUGCUGGUAUUUAGAUGGUCACUACUCUCUGAAAACCUGGGAGGGAUGUUUUGCUCCCAGAGAUGCUGGGCGGUUGCCUGCAGCCCUUGCAACUGGCUACUCCCAGCUGUGCUUGUACCAAAGCUUCGAGAGCUUUCUCAUCUGCGUAGGCAAAAUCUCACCUCAGGUUUUUUUUCAUGCACCUGCUUUGUUUUUAAUUAAAGCUUGGCUGCUGAAGCACAACUUCCCAGUCCCAGAGUACAGGGAGAGUGUUUGUAAACACUGACAUUAAAUCUUGUUAUAACAAU